AUUUUCAAGGAGGAGGUUGCGUGCUACCCUAUUAUCGUAUGUAUACACAGAGUAGACUCCCAAAAAGCUAAACAAUGGCGAAGGCGAUGCUCACCCGCCCCCAUAUUUCGACCUUGUGUGCUUAUGGCACUCAUCUCUUCAGAUUUCAAGCUCUUAAUCGGAUUCAGACUCGAUCAAUUGCUCGCUUGAUUGUGCCAGUGGGUAAGUUUGGUCGUCAACAGCUUGUCAAACCUUCGAUUAUUCACGUUGUCGGUCGCCGGAGCGUCAGCACCGGAGUUACAUCUCCGUCGAAUGGUUCUGGACCAAUCGAUUCUCCAUUGAUGCAAUCGAUGGAGACCAAGAUUAAGGAGCAAUUGAAUGCUGAAAUAGUAACGGUCAAUGAUGCUUAUGGUGAUGGGCGGCAUGUUAGCAUUGAUGUUGUGUCAUCGGCUUUUGAGGGACAGUCGGCUGUGAACAGACAGAGGAUGGUUUACAAAGCGAUAUGGGAAGAACUCCAAAACGUCGUGCAUGCAGUCGACCAAAUGAGAACCAGGACUCCAGAGGAAGCAGCAUCAGGAAAGUGAUUGUGAUGAAGAAUUUGGUUUUAACUGCUUCAUCUUUUUCAAUCAUCAGGCAAUGAAUCUUUUCAACAGUCUUGACUUUCGAUUAGGUUCCCACAAAACUCUAAAUCGAGAUUGUAUGAAAGUGACUCAAAAAUCCAGUCAUGAUUUUAAUCCGGACAUUAUGGGUGUCGUUUUUCUCAUUAACGGAGAUCUCAUGUUUGAUUCAGUCAUAUGUUAGCGAAUUAAGGUGGUCAACUUUUUUCAUUCAGAUUUAACAUUGAUACAUGGCUUAUCAUAUCAACCCAAUUUCUACCAUAAAUAUUGAUUUGAGUUGGGAAA